CUGUGUCCGAAGUUUUUACAUACAAAUUCUACAAGUCAUACUUGGCCAUUCAGUGCAGUUGCUGAAUUAAUAGAUAAUGCUUAUGAUCCUGAUGUGAAUGCUAAACAGAUAUGGAUUGACAAAACAGUGAUAAAUGACCGAAUAUGCUUGACAUUCACUGAUAACGGGAAUGGUAUGACAGCAGAUAAGUUACAUAAAAUGCUGAGCUUUGGCUUCAGUGACAAAGUCACCAUGAAUGGUCACGUCCCAGUUGGAUUGUAUGGGAAUGGCUUCAAGUCAGGUUCUAUGCGGUUGGGUAAAGAUGCAAUCGUUUUUACUAAAAAUGGAGAAAGCAUGAGUGUGGGCUUCUUGUCUCAGACCUACUUGGAAGUCAUAAAAGCAGAACAUGUCAUUGUCCCAAUAGUGGCUUUCAACAAGCACCGACAGAUGAUUAAUUUAGCAGAAUCAAAAGCAAGCCUUGCUGCAGUUCUGGAACAUUCUCUCUUUUCUACGGAGCAGAAAUUACUGGCAGAACUUGAUGCUAUUAUGGGUAAGAAGGGGACAAGGAUCAUCAUUUGGAAUCUUAGAAGCUACAAAAAUGCAACAGAGUUUGAUUUUGAAAAGGAUAAAUAUGACAUCAGAAUUCCUGAGGAUUUAGAUGAGACAGCAGGAAAAAAAGGGUACAAGAAGCAAGAAAGGAUGGACCAAAUUGCCCCCGAGAGUGACUAUUCCUUGAGGGCUUACUGCAGUAUAUUGUAUCUAAAGCCAAGAAUGCAGAUCAUCUUACGGGGACAGAAAGUGAAGACACAACUAGUUUCCAAGAGUCUUGCCUACAUUGAGCGCGAUGUGUAUCGACCUAAGUUUUUACCUAAAACAGUGAGGAUUACUUUUGGAUUCAACUGCAGAAAUAAAGAUCAUUAUGGGAUAAUGAUGUAUCACAGAAAUAGACUCAUCAAAGCUUAUGAAAAAGUUGGAUGUCAGUUAAGGGCAAACAACAUGGGUGUUGGAGUAGUUGGAAUUAUAGAGUGUAAUUUCCUUAAGCCAACUCACAAUAAGCAAGAUUUCGACUAUACUAAUGAGUACAGGCUUACAAUAACAGCACUCGGAGAAAAACUCAAUGAUUACUGGAAUGAAAUGAAAAUGAAGAAAAAUGCAGAAUAUCCUCUAAAUUUGCCAGUUGAAGAUAUACAGAAACGUCCUGAUCAGACAUGGGUUCAAUGUGAUUCUUGUUUAAAGUGGCGAAAAUUACCAGAUGGGAUAGAUCAACUUCCAGAAAAAUGGUAUUGCUCCAAUAACCCUGACCCACAGUUCAGAAAUUGUGAAGUUCCAGAAGAACCUGAAGAUGAGGAUUUAGUACAUCCCACUUAUGAGAAAACAUACAAAAAGAACAACAAGGAAAAAUUCAGGAUCAAACAACCAGAAGUGAUCCCUCGGAUUAAUACUGAACUGUUGUUUCGGACAACCCCUGUGGCAAGUCAGAACUUCUCUCCUUUGAAAGAAAGUGUUCCAAGAGGACAUGUUUCAGAAGUGGCAAAUUCCUAUGCAACAAGACUUUUAAAUAAUCAUCGAGUUUCACCCCAGACUGAACCUGACAGCAACAGCAUGAAACGGAGACUUUCUACUCGUUCUUCAAUUUUGAAUGCAAAGAACCGGAGAUUGAGCAAUCAAGCAUUUGAAAAUUCAGCUUAUAAAAAUGAUGAUGAUGAUGAAGACGUCAUCAUCUUAGAAGAAAAUAGUACUCCCAAACCUGCAGUAGAUCAUGAUGUUGAACUCAAACCUGAACAAAGUCACAUUGAGCAAGGUGGUGUUCAGGUUCAGCUUGUGGGUGAUACUGAACCUUGUGGCCAAGCUAGUUCAACAAGCACCUCCUCAUCCAGAUGUGAUCAGGGCACUGCCGCAGCCACCCAGACUGAAGUGCCAAGUUUAGUUGUUAAAAAGGAAGAAUCUAUUGAAAAUGAAAUAGGUGUAGGAAGUGACACGGCAAUGCUGCCGUCCUGUGUAGAUGCUGAAGCAAAGACACAGGACACCCAGGAAACCUUUGAUAAGUCUGUGGAUGAUGUUGGCUGCCAGCUACAAGGACUGAGAAAUGAGCUUCUUUUAAUUACCCAAGAAAAAGAUAAUUAUAAGAGACAGUGUUACAUGUUUACUGACCGAAUCAAAGUGUUACAACAAAGAAUACUAGAAAUGAAUGACAAAUAUGUGAAGAAGGAAACUUGCCAUCAAUCUACUGAAACUGAAACUGAUGGAGUAUUUUUACUUGACAGUAUUAAUGGCAAAUCUGAAAGUCUAGACCAUAUAGUGUCGAAGUAUCAGCAAGCUUUGGAAGAAAUAGAAAGGCUGAAAAAGCAGUGUAGUACUUUGCAACAUGUAAAAGCUGAAUGCAGUCAGUGUUCUAAUAGUGAGAAUAAAAGUGAAAUGGAUGAAAUGGCUGUGCAGCUUGAUGAUGUAUUUAGACGACUGGACAAAUGUAUUGUUGAGAGGGAUCAGUAUAAACGUGAGGUUGAAUUAUUAGCAAUGGAAAAAUCACAAAUUCGUUCUCAGUGUGAAGAACUCAAAACUGAAAUUGAACAGUUAAAAUCUACAUGUCAACAGACAGGAACAGACGUUUCAACUUCAAGUAACAUUGAGGAGUCUGUAAAUUACACUGAUGGGGAAAGCCUCAAGCUUCGAUCUCUCCGCAUUAACGUAGGACAGCUCCUUGCUAUGAUUGUGCCUGAUCUUGAUCUUCAGCAAGUGAAUUACGAUGUGGACGUAGUCGAUGAGAUUCUAGGACAAGUUGUGGAACAAAUGAGUGAAAUCAGUAGUACUUAAAAGUAUGUUUCAUGUGAAAUAAUAAAAGUAUUUGCUCAGUUCUUUGGGUUGUACAGUUUUGAAAAUGUAAACGAUUUUGUUUUACAGGUAUGAUAGGUAACAGACUGAAGAACCAUAUCUUUACUAUAUUCUAUGCAUCUAAAUGUGGUCACAAAUAUUGUGGACACAUUAUCAUAACUUCUGAAAUGCCUGUGAAUUGUUGGUAUUGAGCAGCUAAAUAAAUUCUGUUUUGAAUGUAAAUAUUUGUAAUUAAACCCACACAUAUUUUUUUAUUGCCCUAGAGACUUAGGUGUUUUUCACCAAGAACUUUUCAAAUUGCUCCUAAGGUUUGUGCAAUUUUUCUGGUUUCCUAAAGUGUAUUUUUCUCAAAAUUAGGGCUGUGCCAUAACAAAAAUGGAUAUGUUCCAAGAUUUUAAGGAAGGUUUGUAACUAUUAACACGCCCAGUAAAUGUCUGAUUAUAAGAGAAUUAAGCUUAGUGGGGUUUUAGUUGUUUUGUUUUUGUCUUGAGUUUUGUGGGCAGUACUGGGGUUUGAACUCAGGGCCUCGCACUUGGCUAGGCAAGCACUCUACCACUUGAGCC